CCGUCCUUUUCUAGCCGUGCCUCACGUUUUGCGCUUCACGCUCGGUCUAUUCUUACUAUGUCUAUGGUGUUAACCUAACGUGUCAACUUAACCUAUACUCUAUCUUAAUGCAGCUUUAAUAGUCCGUACGUGCUUGACACGUGUUCGCGAAGUAAUAAACAAGCUUGUUUUACACUUUGCAUAAAGUCUAACUUUUACAUAAGAAACUGAUAAACAUGAGCGAAAAGAAAGAAGAAGCACUACGGCCAAAUGAGUGGAUGAUAAGGCCAUGCAUGAUCUACAAGGGCGAGUACGAUGACUGUUGCAGCAUAAGGGCUCGCUUCAAUCAAUACUUCAUAUUCGGUGAAACGCUCGAUUGUAAACAGUGGGAUAUCGAUUACCGCAACUGUUAUCAAUGGCAGAAAUACAAGUCGGAGGAAGCAUUCGACGAGCUGAUCAAAAGCGAGAAAAAGCGUAGAAUGGAGCGAUUACUGCCGCAUUAUCAGAACGACGUAUGGCAGAAGAGGGAGGAACCGCCAGAGAACUGGAACGCACCCUUACCCGAGUGGAUGCAGAAGGAAUUCGACAACUCGUACCUACACAUAAGGAAUCGAGAAGCGAAGGAGAACAGGGAGGUCUCCGCUCUCGACACAAGGUGCACCAUUUUGUAACCGCACGCGCCGAGUUGAUUACUUUAAGACUGGACACAGCGUGUACUUAUUAGUUCAAAAUCGAAUUACAUGUACGUAACUACGCAAA